CUGAAAUACAUACAUGUAGAUAUGCAUAGUUGAAAUAAUUUGUGAUUGGUAAUUCAUUGCUUGUUGGGUUGACAAUAAAAGAUUUAUAACUUUGAAAUUUUAAAAAUUUACAACUUAUGAAAUUUAUAAUUAAAUGACAUUUAGAAAUAAUACGAAGUAGAUUCGAAAACUAAUACCGAAUGAAAGGUAUAGCUUUCCCUCUUUUAUUGGAACUUAUUUUUAAAAAUAAUUGUCGAAGAUAGGUUAUGAUCUUGCAUUUGAGAAAUUUAUUUGGUUGCUUGUGAGAUGCAAAUUUGAUAAGACUCUAAUAAAUAAUACAUCGAGCAAUGUCUAACAACAAAGAAGAAAAACAAUAUGGUUUGAUUUUACCUAAAAAGCAACAACGUAUUGCUCCAAAAGUAAAUAAUGUAUUUGGUGACAAUAAUGAUUCGGAUGAAGAAGAUGGUACAGAUUGGGUUAAAAAAGCUCUUCAAGCAGAGGGAGAAAAAAAUAAAUUAAAGAAGCAAGUAAGAUUAAAUAUGCAAAAGGCUUUGAAGGAAGACCCAACAAUAUUUCAAUAUGAUGAAGUAUACGAUGACAUGGAAAGAACAAAAGAUCAGUCUAAAACUGCAAAAGAUGAGAAAAAGAAGCCAAGGUAUAUUCAAAAUCUUUUAAAAGCUGCUGAACGAAGAAAGAAGGAGGAGGAAUACAGAAUAGAAAGAAUGGUUCAAAAAGAACGUGAAGCAGAAGGAACAAUGUAUGCAGACAAAGAAAGUUUUGUUACUUCUGCAUAUAGAGCAAAAUUAGAAGAAUUCAAGAAAAUGGAAGAAGAGGAAAAUAAAAUUGAUAGAUUAGAAGCUAUAGCAGAUGUCAGAAAACAACAAGAUAUUUCAGGAUUUUAUAGACAUUUGUAUGAGCAGACUGUUCAGUCUUCAGAAAAAUCUGAAACUAAAAAUAAUACAGACGAUUAUAAAACUGAUUUAGAUAAUAAUUCAGAAAAUGUAAAUAAAGAAAUAGAUGUCACAAACAAAGAACAGAUUAAAAGUAAAGAGAUAAAAAAAAAUAGACAAUAUAGGCAAAGAAAAAUAGAAGAAGAUAGUGAUACAGAUAAUGAAAUUCAUCAAAAAAGGAAAAACGAAACAAAAACUGUUGUAUCUGAAAAACAUGAAGAUGUUGAAAGCGAAUCUGAAAAAGUAGAACCUAAUGCUAAAAGACAAAAGCAACAAACUGAAGAUACUAAACAUGAAAAAAGUCUUGCUGAAAGCAAAAUAGAAAAUUCAAAAAAUAUUGAAAAAAUAGAAAAUGGUAAAAAUGAUGAAACUGAAAAAACAAGUAUUAAUGUAAAAGAAAAAAUAGAAGCAGAGAAGAGGGAGAGAUCUAAAAUUUGGGAAAAAAGAACAGUUGGGCCUCUAUUUGAAGCAGCAUUACAAAGAUAUUAUGCUAGGAAAUCCAUGAGGUUAUCACUUGCAUAAUAUAAUGUAAUUAGAAGGUAUUUGUAUUAUUGUAUAAAAGAGAAAAUUGUGUAUGUGUGUGUGCUCAAGUAUUAAACAAUUUCGGCAA